CGAAACCAGUCGAGGCAGGCGACGCGAGCGACAUCACAUUCACAAGAUGGCGAACGCCGGGCUGCGCGCGUACCGGGAGGUGCUGCGGCUGGUGCGGCGGCUGCCGGCGGACGCGCGGCCGUACUACGCCAAGUACGCCCGCGAGAACUUCGUCAACUACCGCCACCUCUCCGCCGACGACGACCUCGUCGCCCUCCUCCGCCGCGCCUACGCCCACUCCGCCUGGGUCCUCUCCAAGUACUCGAUCGACGCUGAUGUGGCGGCGGGGCGGCUCAAGGAGGUCUGCAGCGCCGACGGCGGAGUGUGAGGGUGACGCUGGCCCGUCCCGCGCGCGCACGCACGCGUGGUGUUCGACGGAAUGCUUCCCCGCCCCGCGUCAUGCGAGCGUCAGUUAGCUUCUACCUCUGUUGUUUUAUUUGCCUUAUGAUGCUUGCAUUGCGGACAUUUGUGCUUCUUGUUUGAACCAACGGUUUGGUUGAUAGUUGCUACAGAUGAGGCGGUAUAAGUUUAAUAACAAAUUGUGAUUCAUUGUGGGCAAACAAACACAUACUUCAUAAUACAAGUUUUAUU